ACUGAUAUCUCGUUGCGUCAACAUCAAAUUAAAACCUCUACAACAUGUCUGGUCGUGGCAAAGGUGGCAAAGCUAAGGGAAAGUCCAAGACCCGUUCAACCAGAGCUGGUCUUCAGUUCCCAGUUGGACGUAUUCAUCGUCUCCUGCGUAAAGGAAAUUACGCUGAACGUGUUGGUGCCGGAGCACCAGUUUACUUGGCUGCAGUAAUGGAAUACUUGGCAGCUGAGGUUCUCGAGUUGGCAGGCAACGCCGCUCGUGAUAACAAGAAGACUAGGAUCAUUCCUAGACAUCUCCAGUUGGCCAUUCGUAACGACGAGGAGUUGAACAAGCUGUUAUCAGGAGUUACCAUAGCUCAGGGUGGUGUUCUUCCCAAUAUUCAAGCAGUUCUGCUUCCAAAGAAGACCGAGAAAAGCAGCUCCUAAAUCGAAUAGCAAGCAAUCGGCCCUUUUCAGGGCCACAA